AUGGGACAAAAUUCGUCCAAAAGGCGACAGCGAGCGUCUGGAAAAAGCAAAACCGGAAAUGCCGAUACACGAGCACACGGGAAAUGUGAAGACGUAAAUGGAAGCAUUGAAGUCAACCAAGACAAGGAUGUGAGCGACAUUUCUGCAAGUGGAAGACACAGCCAUCCGGCCUCACCAACAUCCGUGACAUCAGCGUCACCGCCAAAAACGCCAG